CUUCUCGAAUCUUCUUUCUUUCUUCUUCAAAAUCAGACGUGGCGGAACUCCGUUUCCCAUGUCUGAUACCCCUUACAGAGAAAAUCUCGCGAUGGACCCUUCUCCUGACCGUGCAGACGAAUUCGCCAACUGGCUGGCUCUGCCCCGGGACGUGACGGCGUCGAUCCUGAUGAGACUGGAGGCAUUCGAGAUCCUGACGAGCGCACAGAUGGUGUGCUCGCCGUGGCACAACCUCUGCAAGGACCCGUCGAUGUGGCGCGCCGUCCACAUGCGCAAGCCCUUCACCCUCUUGGGGUUCCCGUAUGACCUCGAGAAGAUGUGCCGCCACGCCGUCGGUCGCAGCUGCGGCCAAUUGGUCAAUAUCCACGUCGAGAACUUCGGCACCGACGAGCUCCUCAGGCACAUCGCUGAGAGUUCAAGUCAGCUCAAACACCUUCGACUUGUAAGAUGCCGUGGCAUUUCAAAUAAGGGAUUGAGUGGAGUGGCUGCAAAACUUCCAUUACUAGAGGAGCUUGACAUUUCUUACUGUUCAUUGUCAAAAGAAGCUCUUGAAGCUGUGGGCCGUUGUUGCCCUCAUUUGAAAUCACUCAAAUUCAACAAUUCAGGGCAGAAGUAUAGAGUGUGUGAUGAGGAGGCACUUGCUAUUGCGAAGUACAUGAGUGAAUUGCGCCGCCUCCAGCUUUUCGGAAAUAAGCUGACUAACGAUGGCUUGCAGGCCAUCCUUGAUGGUUGUCCUCACCUUGAAUCACUUGACCUACGCCAAUGUUUCAAUGUAACUCUGGCAGGAAAUUUGGGAAGAAUAUGUGCUGAACAGAUUAAAGACUUGCGGCAUCCCCAUGAUUCCACUUAUGACUAUGAAUUAGAGCUAGUUCUGCUUGCUUUGAUCUAAUGUCUAACUAUAUAUCAUAACAUCUAAUGUCUAACUAUAUAUCAUAACACUAUCUUACUAUAUAUUAA